GUUUACAAUAUCCAAACCAACCAGGCGAAAACCCAGACUCUCUCUAGAGAGACACAGAGAUAGAAACUCGGAAGCUUUCUUCUCCUCCAAAAAUGGCGUCCGGUAAUGCCACUAUUCUCUCGAAGCUUCCCAAAACGACAACAAUUUCGCAACCCAAUUGCCGAAGAAAACCCGAAACCCGUUCUUCUUCACCUUCGACUCUAACUCUGAGAACCAGAAGCUUACAGACCCCAUGGCUAGGCACGAACAAUCUCUCAACGAUUCUUAGGCCCCACCACAAGAAAGUCCGUCUCGUCGCCGCCACAGUCUCUUUCAGCCUCCCCACGGCAAAACCAGAGACGGGUUCUUCCGUUGAGAAAAUACCCAAGUGGUCAUGGAGGGCAAUAAAGUCAUUUUGCAUGGCUGAACUGGAAGCUAGGAAGCUCAAGUACCCAACUACUGGGACUGAAGCCCUUCCCAUGGGAAUCCUCGUUGAGGGUACUAGUUUGGCGGCAAAGUUUUUGCGAGCAAAUGGAAUAACACUUUUAAAGGUGCGUGAGGAGACUAUUAAGUUACUUGGGAAGGCUGACAUGUACUUUUUCAGUGCCGAGCAUCCUCCUUUGACCGAAGAUGCUCAAAGAGUACUUGAUUGGGCUAUUGAUAAAAAAAUAAAAUCUGGUGAUAGUGGAGAAAUUACAACUUCUUAUCUGCUUCUUGGCAUUUGGUCGGAAGUCAAUUCCCCCGGCCACAAGAUAAUGGCUACCCUUGGAUUCAAUGAUGAGAAAGCCAAGGAGCUGGAGUCUUUAUGUUCUGAACCAGGAUUUGAUGAUGAUUAAUGCUGAGAUAUAAUUUUCCUUUUGAUCUGUGAUGUUAUUUUCUUGGUUGAAGGUGGAUCAAAAGAUUUUCUGCUGAGAUUUUAAUUUGGUGUACAAGUUAAUCAAGUCGUGUACCCCCCAAAGUCUGUUUCAGAAUUCCCCAAACUGGUGCAAAUUCUUUAUGUGAUUAUGAAUUUUUGUUAAA